GCAGCUUCAUUUUUAAGAACCAGCUGAGUUGCAGAGACACACACAGAGUGUGAGUCUCACCGAGAGAGAGAGAGGGAGAGAGCUAUGCACUCCGUUUGACUUCCACUCCAUUCGUACCUCCAGCGUCGCUUUGCACACCCGAGGCUUGGCAAGAGGAGCCCCACUGGGACUUUAACGUUCAGCAGCUGCAGAGAGGAGGGAUCGCAAACAGAACGGUGUUGUGUCCGAGAGUGCGUGAGAAGUGUCUGUUUGAAACACUCCCACUUCAGCAAGGCGGUCUCUCUCUCUCAAGCGGGGCCACCGCGUUAGCCCCGAGGCUGCGUUUGGGUGUUGUUGGGAGCUUCGCGCUGCAGUAGCAGGAGGUGAACCUAGGUCGGAGCCGUGUGGGGGCGAGAGGGGGCAGCAGGAGGGCAGCUCGACACGUGGCAUCAUGAGCAUCCCCCUGCUGCUCCUGUUGCUGGGCUGUUGCUGCUGCUUCUGUGUGUCACAUGCGGCCGGGCCGGGCCCUCGGCGACGCAGCAGCGUCAGCGUCACGUGGCGCCCUCGUCUUCUGCUGAACCGAGGGCCCGCCGAACAGCUCCAUGCGGACACGGGAUCCGGCCACGCUCAGCCCGGCAUGGCGGGGUCGGACCGAGAGCCCGGCUCCGGCACGGAGGGCGGCCUCGCGGUUGAGAGAAGCGCCCCGGGAGGCGGCCGGCGCGAGAGGGUCGGGCACCCCGCGGGCGCUGCUGCCAGGAGACGGCACAAGGGCAGACAGGCCGGAACCGGGACGCGGCCGGCAGACAACGGCACUCGCUCCUGGAGAGAAUCCCCGUCCUGCCGCUUCAAGCGCGGCACCUGCGGAUUCACAAACGACAGAUCCGGGGAGUUCCAGUGGGUUUGGAGCGACGGCGUCAUGUCGGUGGGCAAGUCCGUGCCGACGGAGGCUCCCGCGUCGCGCCUGUUGAGCCCGCCGCUGGCGGCGGGCAGGCGUGCGUGCGUGGAGCUGGUUUACCGCGUGAGCGGCGGUCCCCGUGCGGGCCUGGCGGCGCGAGCCCUCGCCCGCGGUGCCCUCGUCGCGGGCGACGGUGCCGCCGCCGCCGUCGUGUGGACGAGCGCCGCCCGGGGGGACGGGAACGACGAGGGCUGGCGCUUCGGGGCGUUCGACGUGGGCCCCUUUGAUGAGCCCUUCCAGCUGGUGUUCGAGGCUACGCUGAGCGAGGGAGCUGUGGUGGUGGCGAUAGAGGAGAUCAGCCUCUCGGACAGGUUCUGCCUGGCGUGCGGCUUCGAGGAGGAGCACCUGUGCGGCUAUGAGAACGAGGCGGAGGAGGAGGCGUCGUGGGCCAUGCGAGGGGGCGGGCGACGCUACCCGGCGCCUUACAACCGACCCCUGGACCACGACAGCUUCCUGAGCCAGCAGGGUCACCACUACCUGCUCGUGAAUUGGCACGGCACGCGAGGGCUCGGAGGCACGGCGCGCCUCGCUUCCCCGAUGGUGACCGACCCUCUACCGGGCUGCCUUCGCUUUCACUACCAGGUGGAGGGCGGCGGUGAGGAUGGCCUCAUGGUGCGGGCGCAAGAAGCUGGCGGCUACGUCCACGAGCUGUGGCGCUGGGCCGGUUCGACCCUGGGCAGCUGGGAGGCGGCGUCGACGCAUCUGGAGAUGACGCACCCCUUCCAGGUCGUGUUCGAGGGGACCGUCCUGGGCACGUCCAAAGGCUUCGUCGCUCUGGACGACGUGUCCUUCCAUCCGGGUCCCUGCGAAGAAGAGAAGCAAGGCUUCCUGAAGCAGAUGACGGACUGCGAUUUCGAGAACGGCUUCUGCUACUGGAAGCAACAGCCGGGGAACUCUCGCUGGAAGUUCAGCUCGGGCUCGCCUUACACCACGCCACAGGGAGACCACACGACGGGCUAUGGUCACUUCGCGGCGGCGAGCGGACGGGCGCUGUCACGGGAGCCGAUCGCGCGCCUCGUCUCUCCGGAGCUGCCGCCCGAGCGCGAGUACUGCCUGCGCUUCUUCCGCGCAACGACGGGCGCCGCCGCCGCGCGCCUGCACGUGCGAGCGCGGGACGUCCCCGCGCUGCGCUCCACGCGGGGGCGGCCCGAGCCGGCGGCGCCGGGGGCGCCGGCGGCCGAGGAGACGCUGUGGAGCUCGGCGAGACGCCCGGACCACGGCUGGCUGCAGGCGGAGAUCAACGUCCGGCGGUCGCAUCCGCACCGGAUCAUGUUUGUGGUUCACUGCUUCAGCCCAUUGCUUUGUGGAAAGAUAUCUCUGGAUGACAUCACUCUUACCCAUGGCAACUGCAUGCAAAGUAAAGGUCGAGUACGACCUCUGGUGACAUCCAUCACCAGACUCCACCAGCCACACCACCUGUCUCUCGCUGCCUCUCGUAGCUGGGUUAGUGUGUAAGGCAGCGGUGUUCUUGAUGUCAUCCAUCCACCUCCUCCGAGGUGGACCUCUGCCCCUGCUACCUUCUCCAUUCCCAAGCGAAGACCGAUUCCUCGAAUCCAGAGGUCCUCAUAAUGUUUCCAAAGUAUGGACAUUGCACAACAAGGGGAGGUGUUUAUUUUUUUCGGAGUAAAGUGCCAUUGGAAUCAUGAUACACGUCCAGCUGCAUAACGCAAUAAAAGUUGCAAAGAUAUUUUAAAUACUUGUUCGACAUAAAAUGCCGAUAAGCCACGUGGUUUAUGUUAUUUAAAUGUACAGCUUUGCUAUGUGAUUCUUCAAGGCACGCACAGCACAGAGGAGUAUACGUUUUUGUUAAUUGCUAAAUGCGCCCGCCUAUGACUCUCCACUGCCCAGCUACGCUGAUUGCGGGUGUGUUUAUGGCAGAGUUUACGUCUCGUCACUCCCUGCAAUGGGACACUUUGUUCUCCAGACUCAAUCUCCGGCUGGCGUUUAAUGGUCUCAUCCGCCAGAGUGACUCGCGGAGGAUGAAUGCUUAGCGCAUCAGCAGCCCGCUGAGCAAUCGAUAUAGGUGCCGCCCUGCAAGUUGCUUGCUCACGCCACUGCUGGCGUGACGGUCCUUCACUGAAGCUAACUUUCGAGGGUAUUUUACGGCAUAACGCUUCAUGAAAUAAAUCAUGUCCGUGCGACAUUUUUGACCGAAAAGGGAAUAUUUCUCCACAACUUCUGGCUGUCGACUGAUGAGGCUGGUUGUAGUUACCGGUGAAACGUCACAAUACUCGAAUUGCAAAUGUUGUGGGUUUACUCUCCAACGUCGGUGUGUGAUGAACUAGUAAUGAAUUGGCACGUUUUGUUUACGUGACAAACCUUACUAAUUGGCUGUGUCGGGUGGCGGCGGGUUUGACGACACAUUUAUGCGAUUAACCCCAAAAAAACCCUCUUAUGGCUGAUAUUGGUCGCGAAAGCCUACGUUUUAAACUCACUAACCUCGUGUUUACACAAUGAGGAUAUUGUGCUCAAUGCACUUGAGAGCUCCUUCACCCAUCACUGCCACGUGUAGUUGGUUCAGAACCAACUUUUUGCGAACAAAGCGCAGGGCGAGCACCCGCCAGUCUCCGAAUGUCCCCACCGACGUUUCAUAGCGACUGACUCAGCACCCGCAUCAACGUGGCGUUGCCGUGCGGAGGCGUGUCACGCUGUUCCACUCGAACGAUGUAAGUCAAGCAGAGGUUGCGAUUGCAACUGCAUCUGGUUAAACUUCUGGAGAGCUUCAGCGAUAUUUACUAACGCAAAGCUUGAAUCGCGGAGAACUCAUGGACCGGGCUGUAUAGCCAUGUUAAGGAAGCGUUAGCCAGUGUGCACGUUUUGGAUGAAGUCUUUUUUUUAAAUAUAUUUUCGUCUCAUUUUUUCCCCAACUAUUUUGGCGUGUGCAUUUUUCACUGUUCCUUAUGCAUUUGUACAAUAACUUAAAACUCACGUUAUCAUGUCAUGGGCAUAAAUCAUAAAUCACCUCUGCAUGCAUUAUUCAAUGCGUGUGUCGCGAGCAUACGUAUCGAUUACAAUAGAUUAAUUGCUGUAUAUUUACAUGAUUCGUUUUUGUUUGCACCGACAAUUGAAAUGAACACAGUGCUCUUUUCAGCCGGCCUUAUUUUAUCACUCGUUUUUAAUAUACAAGACAGUGUUAAUGGCAGGAGAGGUGCCGGCUUGGAGAAUAACUAUCAUUGUCUGUUUACAAUGGGUUUGCAACGGUCACCCGAUAUGCAUUCAGUGGCUCUGCAACUUAAUUGUAAUUGUACCAUGGUCAGUCAAAAACAGGAAUCUGCCCGAGCCGACUUGUACAAUAACUUAAAACUCACGUUAUCAUGUUAUGGGCAUAAAUCAUAAAUCACCUCUGCAUGCAUUAUUCAAUGCGUGUGUCGCGAGCAUACGUAUCGAUUACAAUAGAUUAAUUGCUGUAUAUUUACAUGAUUCGUUUUUGUUUGCACCGACAAUUGAAAUGAACACAGUGCUCUUUUCAGCCGGCCUUAUUUUAUCACUCGUUUUUAAUAUACAAGACAGUGUUAAUGGCAGGAGAGGUGCCGGCUUGGAGAAUAACUAUCAUUGUCUGUUUACAAUGGGUUUGCAACGGUCAGCCGAUAUGCAUUCAGUGGCUCUGCAACUUAAUUGUAAUUGUACCAUGGUCAGUCAAAAACAGGAAUCUGCCCGAGCCGACUUCCGUGACAUGAAACGAAUUCUUAAUAUUCAUUUGCGUUCGGGCAAUAAUUUCAAUUUUCUCAUGGCGACAGAGUUGAUUUUGCUCCGAUUUCUAUUUGGUUGAUUUACUCUUGCCAUUUUGGUGACCCAGGUCACCUAUCCUAGUCCCUUGGGAUCUCACACCGUUGGCUACGUACGUAACAUCUCACCUGGUUAAAAACAAACCUGAAACUAGACCGGACAGAGGCUGCAGGCUUGCGAACAGGCCUCGUCGUGACUGCCACCUCCGCUGCCGCUGCCGCC